GGAAUCUGUUAAACUUGGAAUUUAAUGAGCGGCACUGUCCUCUUCAAUCCAACCUACUCCUGCAACCUGAGCAAAACCGUGAUUUAUCGUCCACGGAGAGAUGACAAGAAAAUCCGAAGUCCCGUCUGCAUAUUAUGGUGAACCUCGCAAGUUUGACCCAACAUUUAGAGGGCCAGUUCAUAAAAGAGGCUGCACGGAUGUGUUGUGCUGUGUGCUCUUCAUCAUUGUCAUCCUCGGGUACAUUGCACUGGGGACUGUGGCAUGGAUUCAUGGGGACCCAAGGAAAGUAAUAUAUCCCACGGACAGCACGGGUCAGUUCUGUGGGCAGAAGGGGACACCUAAUGCAAAGAAAGUCAUAUUAUUUUACUUCAACAUACUGAAAUGUGCCAGUCCUGCUGUGAUGAUUAACCUCCAGUGCCCAACUACUCAGAUGUGUGUUUCCAAGUGCCCGGAUCGAUUUGCCACCUACACAGAUAUGCAGCUCCUUUAUAGAUUCAACAAGAGCCACUGGGAGUACUAUAAGCAGUUCUGCAAGCCAGGCUUCAAUAACCCCAAAAAGCCCGUGGCACAAGUGCUGCGAGAUGAGGACUGUCCAUCAAUGAUAGUGCCUAGCCGACCAUUUUUACAGCGCUGCUUCCCAGACUUCACCACCAGAAAUGGCACACUAACAGUUGCUAACAAAACUGCUUUCAAAGAUGCCCUGGAUACAGCCAGAACUGUGACUGAACUUAGAGAUGCAGCCAAUGGUAUUACAGGAAUCCUGGAGGCCAAAGAAGUGGGAAUGAAGAUCGUAGAGGAUUAUGCCAGCUCUUGGUACUGGAUAGUUAUAGGGCUGUUCAUAGCACUGGUCAUUAGCCUGAUCUUCAUCCUGCUGCUGCGUUUUACUGCAGGCUUCCUUCUCUGGUUCAUCAUCAUCGCUGUUAUCCUGCUUGUGGCCUACGGUAUCUGGCACUGUUACUGGGAGUUUGCAUAUCUCAGGGAGACCCCCGGAGCAGACGUCACCAUCUCAGACAUCGGCUUCCAGACUGACCUCCACAUCUACUUACAACUCAGCCAGACCUGGCUAGUCUUCAUGGUGAUUCUGGGUUUAACGGAAUUCUCUAUAGUCUUAAUGCUUGUAUUCCUGAGAAAACGGGUUCGCAUUGCUAUCGCUCUUCUCAAAGAGGGCAGCAAGGCCAUCAGUUACAUCAUGUCCGCUCUGUUCUACCCUAUCAUCACCUUCGUGUUGCUGGCCAUCUGUAUCUCCUACUGGGCCAUGACUGCUCUCUUUCUUGCAUCUUCUGGUAAUGCUGUUUACAAAGUCACAUCACCUCAUCCCAACUGCAAGUACACCAAUUUGACCUGCAAUCCUGAGAACUUCAAAAGGACUAACAUCACAAAACAGUGUCCAGGAGCUCAGUGUCUUUUUGCCUUUUAUGGUGGUGAGAGCUUGUACCAUCGCUACAUCUUCAUCCUCCAGCUUUGUAAUCUGUUGGUCUUCCUCUGGCUGGUUAACUUCACCAUCGCUCUGGGACAGUGCACCAUUGCUGGGGCUUUCGCCUCCUAUUACUGGGCCAAGAGGAAGCCUGCAGACAUUCCCCCCUGCCCAGUAUUCUCCUCUUUUGCCAGGGCCUUACGGUAUCACACAGGGUCUCUCGCUUUUGGCUCACUCAUCUUAGCUGUGGUUCAACUUAUCCGUGUCGUUCUGGAGUACCUGGACCACAAACUUAAAGGAGCUCACAAUGUGCUUGCACAUUUUCUGCUCUGCUGUCUGAAGUGCUGCUUCUGGUGUCUGGACCGAUUUAUACGCUUCAUAAACAGGAACGCUUACAUAAUGAUUGCCAUUUAUGGAAAGAACUUUUGCACCUCAGCGAGGGAGGCAUUCUUUUUAUUGAUGAGGAAUGUAGUAAGGGUGGCAGUAUUGGACAAAGUAACAGACUUCCUGCUCUUUUUGGGGAAACUAUUGAUAUCAGGGAGUGUUGGUGUUAUUGCCUUCCUCCUCUUUACACGCAAGAUACCCUUCAUCCAAGAGGAAGUUCCGGUGUUGAAUUACUACUGCGUGCCUCUCUUGACUGUAAUAUUCGGCUCCUACUUAAUUGCACACAGCUUCUUCAGCGUCUAUGCAAUGUGUGUGGACACCUUGUUCCUUUGUUUCUGCGAAGACUUAGAGAGAAACGACGGGACACCAGCCAAGCCUUUCCUCAUGUCUCCUGGCCUAAAAAGAAUUCUGGGAAGAGCCGAACAGAGCCCAAGAAAGACAUGAGGAUCAUACUCUCCAAACUUAACGAGAAUGUCAUAGCUCAACUUAAAUACUUAACAUGCAUUAACUUACAUAUGGGUUGAAAUGGACAAUGGCUACAAAAUGUUUCGUAAUGGGAGCUGAGACUUAAGGGAAGCAAUGACGAGACUAUCCACCUGAAGAUAGAAGACCAAAGACUCUCUGCACUGUAACAGCCACUUGUCCUGGACACAGAGCUUUGGCCUUUCUGAUAAAGACCCUACACUGAAUACUACACCUUUGCCUAUUACUACUGACUGCUGCCUUAUUCUGUGACUGUCAGAGCAGUAAAAUUAUUAAUCAGUCAAUGAUUAAGAUGUUAAAAGAUUCCUUUGAGAUUUGGCAUCAAUGGCCAAUUAACAAAACAUUUGGUGAUAAAGCUUGAGAGUUGAGAACCUGAGAGAUAAUGGGAUAUGUUAUACAUGUUUGCUUUUAAGAUGAAAAAAAAUAUAUAUAUAUAUAUUUUUUUUUUUUUUCAUAUAAUUUGUGCUGGUUUUACAGCCACAGAUAAAUACUAAUCUGAGAAUAAAAUUGCUUUUAAGUCUCCAUUGACUUGAAAAUGCGUGCUUUCUACAGUAACAAUUUGCAUACAUAUAUAUAUAUAUAUAUAUAUAUAUAUACUGUAUAUACACAAUUUAAAUGCAUUUAAAUACAGUUUAAUAUGAAGCAUUUGUAGUUAAAGUAUUUUUGCUCAUUGAUUGCUAUAAGUUCUGGUUAUAAUUAUCUGUAGCCUAUGAAUAGUAGUGUAUUUAUGGAUAUAGUAUUUAAAAAUAUAUAAUUGAAAUACAUUUAGCAUUGCAGCUAUGAUGGUGAGGUAACAAGCGAUAACAGUUAUUCUUGUACCGCAGUGGGAAAACUGCAUAUCAGAAGGAUAAAACGGGGCAUUAAAGAGCCCAGAUCAUGUACUCAAUAUGUAUCCAGAAAGUCAUUAUUUGUAUUUUACAUAUAUUGCAACAUUCUGUUUUCUUUUAUCUCAAGUUCUAAAUGCUGGUUUUCUUCUAAUCCAUAUCACAGUUUAAAAAUAAAUGUACAGUAAAUACUGUAACAGUGCUGUUUGAUAGUCUUCCAGAUCAGUUUUAAAAUAAUUUUUGAUCAUAUGUUAGGAAUGUUGAAAUGUUGACUUCAAGCCACAUUUAUAAGAUUAUAUAUCUCCGGUUCAGAGUAAUUGAAAGAAACAUUCCUCUGAAUUUGAGGAAUAUAUAUUUGGUUUGUUAUUAUGGGUCUUUCGUGCAGCUGUUCCUGUGCAGCUCUUUGUUAAAAUGUAAUGGUGAUAAUUACUGAAUGUUUGUUAAAUUGUCGUGAUGAAACACAGAUAGUGGUUUGAUUUAUUUACAUGUAAAUAAUGAACACAUCAGUGUGUGUGUUGUGCCAGCAUGUUUUGGAAUAAUAUAUACCAGUAGCUGAGUGCAUGUCAAGUUUUCCAGCUCAAAAUACAGAUCUGUAUGCCCUCAUAGGUUUUAAAGAUAUUAAGCACAGUCUGAAAUUAGCAAAGGGCUUCAAAACAUUUUCUUGCUGUGAGUUAUCUGGUUUAGAGAAGGACAGACAAUAUAGCAUGUCUAAAAUGCUGCCUUUAGGAUUAGAGUAGGUGAGAUUAAUUUGGUUCAGAGUAUACACUUUUACUGUAACCAUGCAGGGGCAUAGAUUUCAGGGGGGGUGGGGGUGGUGGGGGUGGGGUGCAAG